AUGUUACUGAGAGUCCGUGGUCCGGAUGGCAUGAGCCGUCUGACCGUCGACCAAAACGACAACUUUGGAGAUCUCGGCCGCCAGCUUCUUCCCAACCUCCCCACCACUGUCGACCCCACGACCAUUACCCUCUCCAACAACCCCAACGGCAACGAUUCCAAGCGCCUGGGGGACAUCGCCAACUUCAAACUCGGACAGAUCGGUCUCAAGCACGGCGAUCUCAUCUUUAUUACAUACAAGCACCGAGAUGCUCUUUCCAAUGGCGACGCUCAUGGAGCCACACCAUCGGCUUCAGCCCAGAUCCUCCCUUCUUCCAACCGACUGAAUGGCAAACCCAUCCUGCCAGCCGAGGACGUGCCUAUUGACCCCCUGCCGUCCACGUCGGCGACAGUCGAACGGAUCAGUAAACCCUGGGAGGUGGUAAAGCAGUCGGCGUUGGACGACCGACUGGACAAGAAGAACGGCAAGAUCCCACGAGGUCGCGAUCACAAAAUGUGCAAGCACGGACCCAAGGGCAUGUGCGACUACUGCAUGCCCCUCGACCCCUUCAACGCCAAGUACCUCGACGAAAAGAAGAUCAAAUACCUGUCCAUCCACUCCUACCUGCGCAAGAACAACGCCGCCACGAACAAGCCCGAACUCGGAAGCUCCUUCAUCCCGCCGCUGCAGGAGCCUUAUUUCCGCGUCAAGCGGGACUGUCCCUCAGGGCACCCGCAGUGGCCCGAGGGCAUCUGUUCCAAGUGCCAGCCCAGCGCCAUCUCUCUCCAGCCCCAGACCUUCCGAAACGUCGAUCACGUCGAGUUUUCCGACCCCUCCAUCAUCAACACCUUUAUCGAUGCCUGGCGAAAGACGGGCUCGCAGCGCUUGGGAUACCUCUAUGGCCGGUACGCCGAAUACGAAGAGGUGCCCCUCGGUGUCAAGGCGGUUGUUGAGGCCAUCUACGAGGUGCCUCAGGUUGACGAGUCGGAUGGCGUUUCGUUGAACGUGUGGGAGAACGAGGAGGAGGUGAACAAGGUCGCCAGGAUGUGCGGGCUGCAACAGGUCGGCGUCAUCUGGACCGACCUCCUCGAUGCCGGCAGCGGGGACGGCUCAGUCGUCUGCAAACGCCACGCCGACUCGUUCUUCCUAGCCGCCCAAGAGAUUUGCUUCUCAUCGAGACUGCAGGCCCAACAUCCCAAGCCUUCCAAGUGGAGCGACACUGGCCGGUUCGGCUCCAACUUUGUUACGUGCGUCAUCAGCGGCAACGAGUCUGGCGAGAUUGCCAUUUCGGCUUACCAGGUGUCCAACGACGCGGUGGAAAUGGUUCGGGCAGAUCUCAUCGAGCCCUCUGCGGAUCCAACACAGAUGCUCGUCCGUGACGAGGAGGAGGACGAUGGGACUGCGAGCCGCACUCGCUACGUGCCGGAAGUCUUCUACCGAAGAAUCAACGAGUACGGCGCCAACGUGCAGGAAAACGCAAAGCCCGCGUUCCCGGCAGAGUAUCUGUUCGUCACACUAACCCACGGCUUCCCUGCGGACCCCAAGCCUACUUUCAUCCAGCCUGGUUUCCCGAUUGAGAACCGUGAAUACAUUGGCGAAAGCCAAGAGCACUCUGCUGUCACCAAGAUUCUCAAGUUCAAUGGCGGCCAAAAGUCCAAGGACGAUGGCCUUGAGAUGUCCAACUUUCAUCUCCUGUGCUUCGUCCACCAAAUGGGCAUCUUAUCCAAGGAUGAGGAGGCGCUCCUCUGUCGCGUGGCCGCUCAGCACGACCUCGCUGAUUCAUACCAGCUACGCUCCACUGAAGGUUGGCAGACGCUCCAGGCGAUCCUGUCAUCGGCAGGUGAGACAACCCCCCACCGUGACACCAAACCCAAGAAGCGCUCGAGGGAGCCUGAGGGACACCCAUAUGCCCCUCCCACAAGAUCUGGCCCCGUUGGAGUCAACGGCGCCGGCGCCGCGGACAGCGACACGCCUCCCCAUUCAGCACGCAUCCCCAGCGAGCCCGGAGAACCGCUUGCUAAACGAUUUGCUGCCUUCAGGCUAAACGAGCGCCAACGGUCUCAAGGAUCGUGA